AUGAUUGGUGAUGGAAAAAUACCUGGAAUUUCUUUCACUGAAGGCGGGGAGACUAAUUGGAUUGAAAUUCCAGAACAGUUCUUGAUUAGAAAUGGAUCACAUGCUCUAUAUGAUUUGAUCCAUGCAAUCUAUCCAGAAUUAAGUACUGGAUACAGUGACAGUUCUUACUUGAAAGAACGUGGCAUCUUAGCACCAAAAAAUGCUGAUGUUGAUGAAUUAAAUGUCAUAAUGCUAUCAAUGUUGCCUGGAGAAUCUCGAAAAUACCUAAGUGCAGAUACGAUAUGUCCAGCUGAGGAUGAGAACAUUGACGAAGGCAUGCAUCCACCAGAGUUAUUGCACUCAUUAAAUUUUCCAGGAAUUCCAAGUCAUUGCCUUGAACUCAAAAAGGGAGCACCUAUAGUGCUACUGAGAAAUCUCAAUCAAUCUCAAG